UCAAACAGGAGGUGCCUGUAGUCGAUCAAGGAGGAAGCAUUCCGCAUUUGAUAAGAAAGUAGCCGGAAACAAAAGAAACUACUGGAUCAUAGAAGUGUUCAAGGGUUCAACCAAAUUGUGUACUGAAAUGUACUGUCCAUGCACGAGCAAUCAUUGAGCGAUUCCCACUCAACGGGAAACUUUUAGACUAACUUUUUGUUCUCUUUUUCCCUGCAAUCCAGACACAUUGAGCUGGCUCGUGUUUUAUUUGGACAUUUCAGUGGGACUCAUUUCUGGUGAAUUCGUGCAUGUGAUCGGAGUGAGUCUCGACACGUUGGUGAGAAAUGAAGCUAAUUCUGAUCUUAAUUGCAUUGGGGACCGGCGUUCAAAGUCAGGGGGAUGAGAUCGUUUUUGAUUCCGAGGAUCAGGAUGUGGAAUGCAAUUUUUAUGAAAGCGACUACGCCGAAAACUGUCAUCAUCGAAAUUAUCCCAAUGGACAAACUUUGAGACAAAUCUUGGGUGGUGGAGAGAUUCGGGAGUGUUGCCACGACAAUGGAUAUCUAUUCUUCGACCAUUGCGGGACGAGACCGUUUGGUGGAGAGGAGGUGUGCGGCUAUCCUUUCCAAGAUCCUACUCAUCCCAAGUUCACCUUGCUCUGUCCAUCUCAUUGUACCACGGGCAAUCUGGAUCGCUCAAGCUUUGAAAUCCUGCCUAAUGGGACUUUACAUAACUUGCCCUCGGACGAGUAUCGCACCACCGAAGAAUACUGUGUGGCUUACCAUUGCGAUGACACCGAAACCGUGGGUUGGUCUAUCAAAGCUCAAGUGUGUGAAUGCGCCGAUGAAGACCAGAUUGCCCAGGUCAAUGCUGCGAUCCCAGUGGAUCAUCCUCGAUGCUGUCCUCAAACACUUCAUUCGGACAUGGAAAAGGGGGACCUAGGGUGUCCCAGAGAUAACACGGGGACGGAAAAGGCUUUGAGUUGCUCAUAUCCGAACAUGUGGUAUGAUAUCAAAUGGUCGGAGGUGACCUUUGGUCCGACUCAAGUCAGCUUUCCCAUGGCUUUCAACGGAAGCGAUGUUACUCUCCGGAGAGACGAUGUGGAUUAUUGUUUAGGGGUGGAAAAGAAUCCUCGCACCAAAGAAAUCGAAUCCAAAUUCAUGUACUGCCACACCCCUUGUUUUGGACAAACACCAUGCAUUAAUAGUUGCACUAUGCCCGGCGAAUUUAGGACCGACAGCCAAGUCCCUGACAACAUGAACUACUCAAACCUGAUUGGAUAUCGAUUUUCCAACCCAAGCUUUGGUUUGGAUCUGGAACACAUGGACAAAUUAGCCCCUCUUGGACGCUUGUGUCCCAAGGGCCACGAUCGUAAUAACCUCUUGAGGCCUGAUCUGAGAUGCUCGGAUGAAUUCAUCAUUGAAAUCGGAAAUUCCACCCAACCCAUGCUGAGACUUCUCAAGACGAACGAAUUGAUCGGGAACUUUUGUUUGAACUUCCAAGAUGCUCACACGUUUGGCGUGGAACUGUGCCAACCCAUCAGAAGUCAUCCAACUCGAUUAAAGUUCUACCCUUACAUCAUCAUUGCUUCGAGUGUGUUCCUUCUGCUGACUUUCGUUGUUUACACGAUAUACCCGAAACUCUUGAACUUGUACACGAAACUGAUGCGUCACUUUGUCUUGAACAUGUUAAUAGCCUUUAUCAUCCUGAGCAUUAACCAGAUCACUAUCCUCAAGGACAUUUCCACAUUCAUCUGUCAAUUAUCUGCUUUCGCCCAACAAUAUUUCUUCCUGACGGCAUUCAUGUUCAUGACCUUGAUGAGUGUGGAGGUUUCGCUCCAAAUUGGUGGCCGUGGAACAAGCCGUUCCAGAUAUUUGAAAGAGAGAAUUGUCGGCUAUUCAGUUCCAAUCUCGAUCACAUUGCUCACCUUGUUGAUCGAAAUCGUAGGUCCCAGUUGUUCCACUUACCGUCCCAGAUUUGCUGAGGAGAGAUGCUUUUUCGCGGAUAGAUCCGGGAAAUUUUUUUGGUUCUAUUUGCCCAUUACGGGGAUGCUCGUGAUCAAUAUGGUCAUGUUCGUCAAAGUGGUGAUUGCCAUGACCAGGGUGAACCAAGAGAAGGACAAGUUCCAAUUGCAGAAUCAAAGUGGUGGUAAACGAACCGAAAAACGAGACAGGUCCUUACUUUAUAUUCGAUUAGCCAUUGGUAUGGGAUUGAUCUGGUUCUUCGAGAUUCUGGCUGGCAUGUCCAAUCUAAGAGAGGAGUUUUGGUACUUUACGGACAUAUUGAACAUGUGUCAAGGGUUCUACAUUUUCUUCGUGUUCGUGUGCAAGCGAAACGUUUUCAAGGUCAUUUUCCCGAACCGCGGUUCGGCUAGCCGCAAUGGAGCCGCCGUUGGUCCCAAGUUGGGAUUUCGAAACUUGAGCCAAAAGAUGAAGAAAACCGAGAAGCAAGAUGGUUAUAACACGAGCAACCAGUCCAAGGCCUCGGAGAACAACACCAAAGGCACUUAUCUAGGCCAAACGACGAGUGGGGCUGCGAAUAGUUCGGCCUGAUUUUAGAGUGUGAAUAAGGAGCAAGAGAAGAUCAAACCCAAUACUAGUGGGAAGCAAUAUGUUGGUUUCAAGCCCUAGGUGAUUGCAUUCACUUGUCAAUGGUCCCAUUGGCUUCCUAUUCGUACUCGUUCCUAACUGUAAUAGCCCAGAGGGAAAGAAGGGACUCGGGUUCCACUUUGGAGGACAGAUCACAUAAUUCGAUUGGGACAAUUCGGUCCCCAAACUUUUCGCCGUGCUCGCUCCAAUUUUCCUCCCGUUUGUUUUCCAGGCUCAUCUGUCCCGUGUUCUUUCGAAUCCUUUUAGGACUUGCCGUUAAAAGAAAAAAGCUCUCUAAAUACAAGAUCCGAUCCAAAAGUUUUCGUUUUCUCCAUUGUCCCAUACUUUACGCCAUUGUGAAAACAUAUUCGAAUGGACGAAUUGGCGAGUUCCUCCAAUAUUUACCAUUCAUGCUAUUGGCUUGAUAAGCUUAAAUUCGCCUGGAAGUUUUUCGUUUCCAAAGUAUCUCAGCAAUAAAUCGAGAAAAAAUAA